AUUACAAUGUCGACCAGCCGCAAAUUAAAGAGCCAUGGCAUGAGGAGGGGCAAGAACCGAGCUCCUCACAAGGGAGUGAAGAGAGGUGGCAGCAAAAGAAAAUACCGGAAGGGCAGCCUAAAGAGUAGGAAACGGGGUGAUGAUGCCAAUCGCAACUACCGCUCCCACUUGUGA